AUGAACACGACGUCUGUGGCCUUACUGGCCCUUGUACUUCUCUUCGUUGCAUGCCUCGCGCAUCUUUUACCUUACCUCACAGAUCCACAUGCCCUCCGCUCCUACCCAGGCCCUUGGUUAGCCAAGCUGUCGGACGUAUGGCUCGGACGAGUAGCCGCUCAAGGCCACCGCUCUGAGGUUGUCCACCAGCUACACAAGCAGUACGGGACCUUCGUCCGGUUGGCGCCAAACCACUUGUCCAUCUGCGACCCGGAUGGGAUCCAGGACGUCUACGCGCACGGGAACGGCACGACGAAGUCGGACUUCUACGACGCGUUCGUGUCCAUCACGCGCGGGCUCUUCAACACGCGCUCCCGCGCGGACCACACGCGCAAGCGCAAGGUCGUCGCGCACGUCUUCUCGCAGAAGAGCGUGCUCGAGUUCGAGCCGUACACACGCGUGCACGUCGCCGCGCUCUUCAGGCAGUGGGACCGGUUGUGCGGGCGCGGCGCGGAGGGCUUCGAGGGGAAGGAGGGCGAGGGCUGGCGACGCGAGGGAGGCCGUGUGUGGAUGGAUUGUCUGCCAUGGUUCAACUACCUCGCGUUCGACAUCAUUGGGGACCUAGCCUUCGGAGCACCGUUCGGCAUGCUCCAAGCCUGCGCAGAUACUGCACCGACUGUCCUAUCCCAGGAGGCCGCAAUGGCGUCAUACGGUAGCUCAGGUAAGGAUUCACCAGAGGUGACCUACUGCCCCGCCGUGCAGAUUAUAAACGAGCGUGGCGAGUACUCCGCGUCGAUCGGCGUGCUGCCACCGCGCUGGCGACCGUGGCUCGUUCGGUUCGUCCCCUGGUACCGCCAAGGGGCCACCUCAGUGGAGUUGUUGGCGGGGAUGGCGAUCGCUGCGAUCUCGAAGCGUCUGGCUGCGCCGACGGAGAGGACGGACUUGCUAUCGAAGCUGCAGCAGGGGAAGGAUGAGGAGGGGAGGCCGUUGGGUGCGAAGGAGCUUACAGCGGACGCCCUGACUCAGCUCAUCGCUGGGUCAGAUACAACGUCGAACUCGUCGUGCGCGAUAGCCUAUCACCUGGCAGCCAACCCUGACGUCCAGGAGAAGUUACAGCGCGAGCUGGACGCAGCACUCGGCGGCGAGGAUGAUCCCGUCGUCACGUUCGAGCAAGUCAGACGUCUUCCGUACCUCGAUGCGGUGAUCAACGAGGGCAUGCGAGUCCACUCGACCUCUGGAAUCGGUCUGCCCCGCGAGGUGCCUACCGGGGGGUUGACGGUGUGCGGGCGGUUCUUCCCCGAAGGCACGGUCCUAUCGGUGCCGACUUACACUGUCCACCGAAACGAGGACGUAUGGGGAAGCGACGCGGACGUGUUUCGACCUGAACGCUGGCUGGAGCGGGAUAAGAACGAGCUCCAGAAGGCCUUCAACCCGUUCUCGUUCGGACCGAGGGGAUGUAUCGGCCGCAAUUUGGCGAGUAUGGAACUGUUUAUCAUCGUAGCUUCCGUAUUCCGACGGUACCACUUCGUCUUGGAAGACACUAGCCAAAAGUUGGAUACCAAGGAGGGUUUCUUGCGGAAGCCUGUCAAGUGCAGGGUGGGGGUCAGGCGCAGAGCAACAGGGAUCGGGAUGUGA